AUGAAGGUCGCAUCCUUGGCUGGCCUCUUGGGCCUUGCCGCAAUCGCUUGCGCCGACCCUGUCAGCAGAGACUACGUCAACAACGAUUACUAUGUCCUGCACCUCGACGCAGGCGCCGCUCCAGAACAAAUCGCCUCACGUUUAGGCUUGCGGCACGACGGUGUCUUGGGCAGUCUAUCCCGCCAUCACGUCUUCAGCGCCCCCAGGUCCGGGAGCGAUGUCGUCAAGCGCCAGCUAUCCGAUCAGGCCUUGAGGAGGCGCUCCGCUCCUGGCGAAUCCGACAUCCUCGACAAGGUCCUCCUCUCGAGGAAGCAGAAGCUUCGUCAGCACUUGCACAAGCGGGUUAUCCCCCCUCCGCCUGCGGGAGCUGUUCUGCCCCGGGCAGGCAAUGCCGCCGCCGCCGUCGACUGGGCCGUCAAGAAGCAGUCGUCCGUAAUGGAGAGGCUCCAAAUAAAGGAUCCGAUAUUCAAGGAUCAAUGGCACCUCUUCAACCCGAUCCAGAUUGGCCACGACGUCAACGUGACAGAUGUGUGGCUGGAGGGGAUAACCGGCAAGAACUCGACUGUAGCCAUCAUCGACGACGGCCUGGACAUGAAGAGUCGAGACCUCAAGGACAACUACUUUGCGCAAGGCUCGUACGACUUCAACGACAAACAUGCCGAACCCGCCCCUCAGCUCUUUGACGACCGCCACGGCACUCGGUGCGCCGGCGAGGUCGCGGCUGUGCGAAACGACGUUUGCGGCAUCGGCGUCGCUUACGAUGCCAAAAUUGCUGGCAUCCGCAUCCUCAGCAAGCCCAUCAGCGACGCUGACGAGGCCGAAGCCAUGAUGUACAAGUACGACCUGAACCAGAUCUACUCGUGCUCCUGGGGCCCGCGCGACGACGGCCGGACCAUGGAGGCGCCCGGCGUUCUCAUCAGGAGAGCCAUGCUCAAGUCGAUCCAGGAAGGCCGCGGCGGCCUCGGCUCCAUCUAUGUCUUCGCCAGCGGCAACGGCGCGGCCAGCGAUGACAACUGCAACUUUGACGGCUACACCAACUCCAUCUACAGCAUUACCGUCGGCGCAGUAGACCGAGCCGGCCAGCAUCCGUACUAUUCCGAGCACUGCUCAGCUCAGCUCGUUGUCACGUACAGCAGUGGUAGUGGCGAUUCCAUACACACCACGGACGUUGGAGAAAACAAGUGCGCUGUUGGCCAUGGAGGAACCUCAGCAGCAGCACCCCUGGCGGCCGGCAUCUUUGCCCUGGUGCUGGAGGUCCGACCUGACCUCGGUUGGCGAGACAUGCAGUAUCUUGCCAUGGACACGGCCAAGCCUGUCGCCGACGAGCACGCCGACUGGCAGCAAACAGCCAUCGGCAAGCAGUUUAGCCAUGUUUUUGGCUACGGCAAGAUUGACUCUUACGAGCUUGUGCACAAGGCCAAGACGUGGAAAAAGGUCAAGCCUCAGGCAUGGUUCUUCUCGCCAUGGCUCCACGUCAAGAAGGCCAUUCCCGAGGGAAACCACGGGCUGAUCGUCAGCUUUGACGUGACCGAGGACAUGAUCAAGGGAGCUAAUCUCGAGAGAUUGGAGCACGUCACCGUGACCAUGAACGUCAACCACACCCGGCGCGGCGACCUGAGCGUGGACCUGAUCAGCCCAGCCAAUGUGAUAAGCCACAUAGCCACGUCGCGAAAGGACGACAACAAGAAGGCUGGCUACGUUGACUGGACGUUUAUGACCGUGGCUCACUGGGGCGAAAAGGGGGUCGGAAAGUGGACCCUGGUCGUGAGAGACACCAAAGAGAACGAGCAUCAAGGCGCCCUGGUGGACUGGCACCUGAAGCUGUGGGGUGAGGCCAAGGACGCGAGCAAGGCGACCAAGUUGGCCAUGCCCACGGACAAGGACGACGAAGACCACGACAAGAUGCAAACCGUCACCGCGCCCGCCGUCACCUCCACCCUGGGCAGCGUGCCGUCGCCCACGCACUCGUCGCUGGUCCAGCCGACGGACCACCCCGAAAGACCCACGAAGCCCAGCUCAACGCCCGCCGAGGCCUCGCCCGCCUCGCCCGCCGCGACGGCAUCCUCCUCGACCGCCGCCGCCGCCGCCGCCUCCGCCUCCGCCUCCUCCUCCUCCUCCUCCUCCUGGAUCGACAAGUUCCCCACGUUUGCGGCGUCGAAGAAGGCCUGGAUCGCCGGCGCGGCCAGCCUCAUCGUCGCCUUCUGCCUGGCCAUCGGGCUGUACAUGUGGAUCGCCCGCCGGCGCCGCCUGCGCAACGACACCCGCAGCAGCUACGACUUCGAGGUGCUCGACGACGAGGAAGGCGACGCCCUGGCCGCCAAGGAACGGGGCCAGGGGGCCCGCCGAACCCGCGGGGGCGAGCUGUACGACGCCUUUGGCGGGGGCAGCGGCGACGAAGAUGACGACGACGACGAGUUUGGCUCGUACAAGGAUCGCUCCGCGGAGCGGCUGGCCGGCGCGGACGACGACGACGACGACGACGACCAGUACGUGAUUGGCGGGGAGACGGACGACGAGGACGACACGAAGCUGCUGGACAAGAAGCAGUGA